AUGAAAUUUUUUAUUGAUGAUCUUCCAGUGUUAUUUCCAUAUCCUAGAAUAUAUCCAGAACAAUAUGCUUAUAUGUGUCAUUUGAAAAAGACACUUGAUGCAGGGGGACAUUGUGUUUUAGAAAUGCCUUCUGGUACAGGGAAAACUGUUUCUUUGUUAUCAUUGAUUAUUUCCUAUCAAAAAUUUUAUUCAGAACAUAGAAAACUUGUAUACUGCUCUCGAACUAUGUCUGAAAUAGAAAAGAUUCUUGUAGAAUUAAAAAAUUUGAUUGAGUUUAGGAAAAAAAUUUCAGAAGAGAAUAGUAAAUUUAGAGCUCUUGGUUUAACUAGUAGAAAAAAUCUAUGUCUUCAUCCUUCAAUAAAACAUGAAAAAAAAGGAAAUAUUGUAGAUGCUAGAUGUCGUGGCUUAACAGCAAGUUUUGUCAGAGAAAAAAAAAAAGCUGGAGAAAAAGUUAAUCUUUGUCUUUAUUAUGAGAACUUGAAUUUUCUUGAUUUUUGCGACUUAAUACCUUAUGGUGUAUUUACUUUUACUGAUCUUAUAGAAUAUGGUGAAAAAAAUCAACAAUGUCCAUAUUUUAUUGCUCGUCGAAUGAUACCAUUUUGUAAUGUUGUUGUAUAUUCAUAUCAUUAUUUGUUGGAUCCAAAAAUUUCUGAAUUUAUUUCAAGAGAACUUUCAAAAGAUUGUAUUGUUGUAUUUGAUGAAGCUCAUAAUAUUGAUAAUGUUUGCAUUGAAUCUUUGAGUGUAGAUAUUACAGAAGAUUCUUUAAAAAGAGCAUCUCAUAGUAUUAAUAGUCUUGAAACAAAAAUUGCUAAUAUGAAAAAAAAUAAUGCAGAAAAAUUACAAAUGGAGUACAGAAAAUUGGUAGAAGGUCUUAGAGAAAUAGAAAAAAUAAAAGAAAAUGACAUUUUUAUUACAAAUUCAAUUUUAUCAGAUGAUUUACUUAAAGAAGCAAUUCCUGGAAAUAUAAGAAAAGCAGAACAUUUUGUAGCAUUUCUCAAAAGAUUUGUUGAAUAUAUGAAGACUCGAAUGAAAGUUCUACAUGUUAUUGCAGAAACGCCGCUGUCUUUUUUGCAACAUUUAAAGGAAUUAACAUAUAUUGAAAGUAAACCAUUGAGAUUUUGUGCUGAAAGACUUAAUUCACUUAUUCGUACAUUGGAACUUCCUGAUAUUGAAGAUUAUCAAUAUUUACAGGAAAUAACAGAUUUUGCAACUUUGGUAUCAACAUAUGAAAAAGGAUUUAUAAUUAUUCUUGAGCCAUUUGAAACGGAUACAGCUACAGUACCAAAUCCUGUUUUUCAUUUUACAUGUCUCGAUGCAUCAAUUGCUAUUAAACCAAUUUUUGCCAAAUUUAAAUCUGUUAUAAUAACAUCUGGUACAAUUUCGCCUUUAGAUAUGUAUCCAAAAAUACUUCAGUUUAAUGCAGUAAUUCAAGAAUCAUAUAAUAUAUCAUUGGCUAGAAAUUCUUUUCUUCCUAUGAUUAUUACAAGAGGAAGCAAUCAAGUAGCAAUAAGCUCGAAAUUUGAAGUACGAGAUGAUCCAAGUGUUGUUCGAAAUUAUGGUGAUAUAUUACUCGAGUUUUCAAAAAUUACACCAGAUGGUUUAGUAGCAUUUUUCCCAAGUUAUAUAUAUAUGGAAUCAAUUAUAAGUCAAUGGCAAAAUAUGGGAAUUUUAGAUGAAAUAUGGAAAUAUAAACUAAUUUUAGUUGAAACACCUGAUAGUCAAGAAACUGUUUUGGCCUUAAAAACGUAUAGAACUGCUUGUGAUAAUGGAAGAGGAGCAAUUUUAUUAUGUGUAGCUAGAGGAAAAAUUUCAGAAGGUAUUGAUUUUGAUCAUCAUUAUGGUCGUACUGUAAUUAUGUUUGGAAUUCCGUACCAAUAUACAAAAUCUAGAAUCUUAAAAGCCCGUCUUGAAUUUCUUCGGGAUAUGUAUCAUAUUAAAGAAAAUGAUUUUCUUACAUUUGAUGCUAUGCGACAUGCAGCUCAAUGCUUAGGAAGAGUUCUAAGAGGCAAAGAUGAUUAUGGAAUUAUGGUUUUAGCUGAUAGAAGAUUUUCAAGAACAGAUAAACGUAAUAAGUUGCCAAAAUGGAUUCAGCAAUAUAUUACUAGUGGUACUUCAAAUUUAAGUACUGAUAUGUCGAUAGCUUUUGCAGAGAAAUUUUUGAAAGCAAUGGCUCAACCGUUUAAUAUUAAAGACCAAGAAGGAAUUAGUUGGUGGGAUAUUGAGAAACUUCAUGAAUAUCAAAAAAAAGAAAAACAAACAGAAUCAAAAAACAAUGAAGAUUUGAUAGAUGCUAAUGAAAAUGAAUAUGAUGUUUCAGAUGAAAUACUUGAAAUUUCAGAUGAUAUAAAAUCUUAA